AUGUUUAAAUUUAUAUUAUUUUUAUUUUCUGUGUUUAUUGUAAGAAGUGAAUCUGCAAAAAUAUUGGCAGUAUUUCCGUUUCCUUCCAUAAGCCAUCAAGUGGUUUUUCGUCCUCUAAUGCUGGAACUAGCUAAACGAGGUCACGAGGUCACGGUGAUAACGACAGAUCCAGAAUUUCUAAAAGGUCAAACUCCUCAGAAUCUGAUAGAAAUUGAUCUACACGACAUGUCCUACGAUCACUGGAAUAAAUAUUUAAGAGCUGGUGGAAAGCAUAAAGAUCCAAUUAAAACGUUAGAUACGGUAUGUGACGUUGUAUAUGGUUUGAUUUACAAACAGUUGAAUUCCAGUGAAGUUAAAGAGUACAUUCGUAAUAAUAAAAAUAUUGAUUUAUUAAUUAUCGAAUCUAUAAUGGCACCCGCCUUAGUUUUAUCGCAUAUUUAUAAUGAUGUACCAGUUAUUGAAUUCAGUUCCUCGGGCGGUAUCCAGUUGACACUUGAAAUGAUGGGAGCUGCCACACAUUCUCUAUUUUAUCCAGAUAUUUUUCACAGAAGAAUUUUUAACCUGACGCUGUGGGAUAAAAUUACAGAAAUGUAUGUUGAAUAUUCAAUGAGUCAAGUUUUUGAAAAACAUUUCACGGACGUUAAAUUGUUAAGGUCAAUGUUUGGUCCAAAUGUUCCUGAUUUGAGAGACAUAAGGAGGCGAAAUGUGCAGAUGUUAUUUUUAAACUUACAUCCUAUUUGGGAUUCUAAUCGUCCUGUUCCACCAAACGUAGUGUACCUAGGAGGCUUACACCAGAAACCUCAACGUGAACUACCACAGGAUCUGAAAUCUUAUUUAGAUUCUUCUGAACAUGGAGUAAUUUAUAUUAGUUUUGGUACAAAUGUUAAACCGUCAAUGUUUCGUCCUGAAAAGUUAAAAAUAUUCACCGAUGUCCUUUCUCAACUUCCUUAUGAUGUUUUAUGGAAAUGGGAUGACGAUGUGCUCGCAGGACGUCCUAAGAAUGUUCGAAUUUCGAAGUGGCUACCGCAGUCUGAUUUGCUGCGUCAUCCAAACAUUAAGCUUUUUAUAACGCAAGGAGGCCUACAAUCAACGGAUGAAGCAAUUACUGCAGCGGUUCCUCUUAUUGCUGUGCCCAUGAUGAACGAUCAGUGGCAUAACGCUGAACGCUAUGUUGAAUUUAAUAUCGGGAAAAAACUUUUAAUCGAAGAACUGACGGAGAAGCAGCUCAUGGACGCUAUCGUAACUAUUAUCAACGACGAUUGCUACCGUCAAAAUAUUCGUAAAUUGCGUGACGUGAUGCACGAUCAACCACAGUCACCAUUAGAGCGCGCUGUUUGGUGGACAGAAUACCUGAUAAGGCACGGAGGAGAACACCUUCGAGCACCUACAGCUAACUUGCCCUGGACAGAGUAUUAUCAACUGGAUUUAGUAUUGCUGGUAGUAGCAGCUCUUGUGGUAGUUUUGGUAUUAUCAGUAUUAAUUGUCUACUGCAUUGUUUCUUACAUAAGAUGUUUUAUGCGUGGAAAAGUUAAGGUUAAUUAAAUAAAAUUAAUAAAGCCUAUUUAAAA